UUCGUGCUUCCACCAAGUCAUCAACCAUGGUAACCAAUGAUUUGCAUAGAGCAGCUGGGAAAAGAGAGCACAAAACCACCAGCUAUUAACGCUUCAUAGUAGCUGCACUGUAUCAAGAACAUCAUACCAGUCAGAAAAUUCUUGCCACCACCAAAUAAGGUCAAUGACACUGCAGUCUGGUGUGUUCCCCACUUCUGUAUUUUAUUUGUAGAUCAGGUAGAAAUUGGGAUGUGGUUGUGGCUGUGGCUGUUUAAUCUUUCAUCUCGAUGCCUUAAUCAAUUACUAACAACUACAAAAUUAAGAGAAAUGAACUUUUGGAAAUUUAAUGUAAUGGAAAUCUCCAGCCUUGUCAUGCACCUACUAAGAAAACCAUGUUGCCCAUAAAAGAUUUAUCUUGUACCAAUCAAUAUCAAGACAGAGAAGACUGUCCUGUACAAACAAAGUCAUGCAUGAAACCAUUCUGUGUCGAGUAAAAGUAGUAUGUUUAUUGCAAGUCCAUACAGAAAAUAGGGAAAAAAAAAAUUACAACUUUAUAUGCAGAAUAUUGGUUUGAAGAACAGAGCAAUGACGAGUUCUAAAACAACAUUUGAAGGAUUGAGAGAGAGGGAAAGAGUUUGGACCGGAGCUCAAUUAGUCUUUUUCUUCCAUGACAUUACUGCUAUUUUCUCCUCCACCUUGUUGUUGCUGCAGCUGUUCGUCGACUUCUCGCUCCCUGCUACUCCCAAAAGCUAUCGUAACGAACAGCUCGCUCACCCUCGCCGCCCGUCUCGCCGCUCCCUCCGCGCCCAAGACGUCGCCGACCUACUUCGGCUCCUCCUCCUCCGCCGCCGGCAUCCGAUACCUGCACACCGGGCACGACCCGUUCAUCCCCAACCACUUGUCGAUGCAACCGCCGUGGAACCGAUGCCUGCACGGCAUCUCCCUCACCACCGCCGACGCCGCCUCCUCCUCCGAAGCCGUCUCCCCGCCGACGUUGCUCGUCAGCCCGUCCAGACACACGGGGCACUCCUCGUCCGCGUGCUCCUCGCCAGGCUCCACAAUCCUCAUGGCACGCCAGCCGCCGCCAGCCCGGGUGGGUGCAACUCGGACAGCAGCGCCGGCUCGCCCUGGAAGAUGACCAUCCCCCGGGUGAGCGGGUUGAGCAUGACGACUCGCUCCAGCUCCGGCGUCUCCCCCUCCGCGGGGCCCGUCCGCACCACGCCGAAGACGAUGGGGAAGAGGGCGGUCCCCCGCCGCUCGUCGCCGUCUUCCGCGCCACCGGCGCUCCGCAGGAGCCCCUCGAGUCGCCCGAGCUCGCACUCCGCCGCCGCCGCCGCCGCCGCGGCCAUAGAUCGAGAUCGCCGAGUCGACGGAGUAGGAGAUCGGAACACGCUACUGUUACCGAAACGAGAACAUAACGGAGUUUUGAUAUAGCAGGUGGCGGAAGUCUGUGGAAGGAUCCAGAACAUUUCCUGUAGCAGUUAAUCCAGGAGUGAGGUGGUGGCCACAUGUCGGCGUGGAGCCCACAAUUAUUUAAGCGGGGCCAGCACGGACGUCUGGCGGAUAUCGUGCCACGUGGGAUGGAGGUCCGUUCGGGAUCCCCGGGUUAUCGCGUUUGGGGUCAGCAAAGGAAACAAGACGCCAUACAUUUCCCCUCCGUUUCAACCCAAUGACAUGUUUGUCCUCUUCUCGGAGUCACUACACACAUUGGUUGCUUCCAAGAACUUACCGAGGAUUCCAAGAAUACAGCAGAUGCUUGUCAAGCUGAAGCAAGAAGCAAGAGGAAUGAAUCUCAAACGAAGAACAGCAAAGUUUCUUGGAAUUCUGUCAUGAUGAACAAGAAAAUCAAUCAUCUCGACGAACAAAAAAUUUCGAUUAUUAUGUCUUGGAACAAGCAGUAAAAGAAUCGGUUUCAAUGGUACAGAAAUCAUGAAUGGCAAUCUUGCAGCUGGCCAACAACUAGGAGUUGGUGGUGAAUGUGCCAACGUAGCCGAAACCCAUGACGACAAAUGCAAAUGCUUGAAGGUAGAUGUACACAUAGUAGUAGUUCACUCCGAAGGCAACAUUGUAGGAAGCACAGCACACGAGGAAGACCGCAAACCCGAGCUGCAAGAAGCUCACCCUGAGAUCCAAAAAGAGAUGGGUGUCUCCAAGCUUCUGUGUCACAACCCAUUCAUUUACGCUUGCUGUCUCCAGUAGACCGAUCAAUGCUGCUUUCAUCCGGUGCAUGGACAUGACGUUCUCAAACAAAAUCCAGAAUGGCAUUAUGUGAAGGGAGCUGCGACGAAGAGAGGGCAUAUCAGGGAAGAAAGUUCUGAUCAAGGGGCAUGUUCAUCGGUAAAGAUCGAUACCUGGGAUUUCUGAUGGCAUUGAGAACGGUAAUUGUUGUAGGGAUGUAGACCACCCCCCAUAUCGGAAUGCUUACUUCUGGUACUACAACUGAUACUGGAAUCACGAUGCAGUAGAAUGCAAAGGUGACGAUCGGGGCCACAACUCUUCUAACAAAGAAGAAACUGUAGAUCACAUGGAUUUUCUUCAACAGGGAUACCUCCUGCUCCAUAACAAAGAGACAAGUCUCAGGGAAGUAAGAUCGACCGAUGUAUGCUUGUUUACUUGAAGAAGGCUUCUGCUACCUUUGCGAGUACAAUGUCGUGUGCCAUUUUUCUAAAUAAGUUGGCAGCUCCACAGGUCCAUCGAUGCUGUUGAUGUCGGUAAGCCUUGAAGGUACUUGGGAGUUCGCUUCUGACCUGCAAUAGUUGUGUCAAAACACUUACAGAUUACUGAGCUUCUCCUUUGCUGAAUACUGUCAUGGAUCACAGCAAAUUUGAGUACCUUGACGUCACCAACAUACAAGAAUUUCCAGCCCUUGAGACUGGCUCGAACAGCCAAGUCCAUGUCCUCAACCGUCGUUCGAUCUUUCCAGCCUCCUACUUCAUUGAUAGCAGAUAUUCGCCACACGCCAGCAGUUCCUGUGAGAGUGAAUAUUGUGAUGUACUUGAAAACCAUGUCCUCUUUCUUUGAACAUCCAAAUAAUUUUUGCAACUUUACGAUUGCAUACAUGGUUUAUGCUUUUUCUCA